AUGCCGGAGAUCGAGAUCCGACAUGUGGUAUCCGCGAGCAGCUCCGACACGACUCAUUGUGCUGAGAAUCUGCUCAAGGCUGACACCUAUCGCAAGUGGAAGGCUGCCCAGGCUGGGGAAAAGCAAAUCUCUGUCAUAUUACAAUUUGAAAAAGAGGAGCAAAUUCACAGCAUUGAUAUUGGCAAUGAAGGCUCUGCCUUUGUGGAAGUGCUGGCUGGCAGCUCUGCCUCCGCCAGUGAGCAGAAUUACGAGGUGCUGUUGGUGACAUCCUCCUUCAUGUCUCCCUCAGAGAGCAAGAGUAGCACCAACUUGAACAGAGUCCGUAUGUUUGGGUCAGAUAAACUGGUGAAGGCUACAGCUGAGAAGAAGUGGGACCGAGUUAAGAUUGUUUGUACCCAGCCGUACACCAAGUCUCUGGCUUAUGGCCUUUCCUUCGUGAGGUUCCAUUCUCCUCCAGACAGCACUGAGACACAUUCCAAAAUGGCUUCACCGAAAGUCACCAAAUUGGGCCAGUUUAAGGUGAAGGAGGAUGACAGCAAUUCCAGCUCUUUGAAACCCGGUGCUCUCUUCUUCAGCCGUGCCAGUAAACCCCUAGUCUCCCCUCCUAAAGCAUCUCAGAAUGACCAGCCUUCACCCAGUUACGCCGCUGCCUCAUUGCAGACCAACAAAUCUCUUUCUCCUGACUCUUCACCAUCAGCAGUGGAAAAGCCCACCAUCAAAACCCCACCCAAGGAACCCACCCCAGUUAAAAGGAAGUUUGAAUUUAGCAAAGAAAAUGCCGCUCUCUCCUCAGCAACCAAGAAAGCUAAUCCCGAGAAGUCCCGCGUUACACACCCGCCUGCCAAAAAACACAAAGUUUCUCUUUCCACGUCUCCUCCCCAGAAGACGUUACCUUUCAAAAAAGCUCUUCCAACGCAGUCUUUGGAGGAGACAGCAAACGGGUCUUUCCAACAACUCCUACAGGGUACCGUCUUCGUGCUGAGUGGUUUCCAGAACCCCUUUCGCUCUGAAUUAAGGGACAAGGCCUUGGAAAUGGGGGCCAAGUACCGUCCAGACUGGACCCCCGACAGCACUCACCUCAUCUGUGCCUUUGCCAACACCCCCAAAUACAGCCAGGUGAAGGGGCUCGGGGGCACCAUUGUACGGAAGGAGUGGAUCCUGGACUGUUACCGUAGCCGUCGGUGCUUACCCUGCAAACAGUACCUGAUGGGCAGCCCCGAUUCGUCCAGCAGCGAACAGGAAGAGGAGAGCGAGGAGGAGACCACAGCUGCACACCGCAGAGUGUUGACUCCUCAACAGAAAACCAGUGUGCCCAGCCCCAACCACAAGAUUAAGCCUGCCACCAGCCCCAAAGUAACGCAGGCGGUGCCACCCAGAGUGUCUUCCGAGGAGGAGGAGGAAGAGGAGCCAACCACCUCUCAGAACAGCAACAUCCACAACAAUUCAAGGGCUUCCAGCGGGGAUGAGAAAUUCGCAGGUCUUCAAGACAACGGAGAUGAAGGGUCCGGUGACACAGAUGACGAGUUAAGGAGAGUUGAAGAGGAACACCGCAAAAAGCAGCAAGGCGGACGGAGGCUAGUCCCAGAACCAGACAGUGACCCCUACGCGGGUUCCACUGAUGAGAACACAGACGUGGAGGAACAGCCAGAGCCGGAUCAGCCUAUCCCAGAACUUCCAGAUCUGUUUGUUGGCAAAUGCUUCUUCCUUUAUGGUGAAUUCCCUUCUCAGGAACGACGUCUCCUGAAUCGCUACAUCAUAGCUUUCAAUGGGGAACUGGAGGACUACAUGAACGAGCGUGUAAACUAUGUGAUCACGGCUCAAGAAUGGGAUGACACAUUUGACGAGGCUCUGAACGAGAACCCCAACCUUUCCUUCGUGCGUCCCCGUUGGAUCUACAACUGCAAUGACCGGCAGAAACUGAUCCCCCACCAGCCGUACGUCGUCGUGCCACGAGCGUAGGAGGAUCCCU